AUGUCGUUUGUUAAGUGCUGUUUUGAAGCGGCAGAGGGCCACGAUUUUUUGGACUCUUUUGUACAAAAAUGUACGGAUACGGGAUGCUGCUGCGGCUGCUGCUCGGCCCUCAGGCCGCGCUACAAGCGGCUGGUGGACAACAUCUUCCCCGCCUCCCCGCAGGAGGGCCUGGUCAAGUCCAACAUGGAAAAGCUCACGUUCUACUCGCUCUCCAGCCCGGAAAAGCUGGAUAGGAUUGGAGAAUAUCUGUUCCAGAAGGCUAGUCGGGAUAUUUAUAGAAGGCGGCAUGGAUUCGUCGUCAUAGCGAUGGAAGCGAUGGAUCAACUUCUCCUAGCCUGCCACUCUCAGACCCUCAACUUGUUCGUGGAGAGCUUCCUCAAGAUGGUGCAGAAGCUUCUAGAAUCUACUGACCCGGAGCUGCAGACUUUGGCUACUCAGAGCUUCGUCCGCUUCGCGAACAUCGAAGAAGACACGCCGUCGUACCACCGCCGCUACGACUUCUUCGUAUCCAAGUUCUCGGCCAUGUGCCACAGCAACCACAAUGACAAGACCAUGAGGGACAAAAUACGACUCGCCGGCAUACAAGGCUUGCAGGGCGUGAUUAGAAAGACAGUAUCCGACGACCUGGUGGAAAAUAUAUGGGAGGCCCAGCACAUGGAUAAAAUUGUGCCUUCUCUGCUCUAUAAUAUGCAGAGCGCAGAAAAAUACGAGACUCUAUCCUGCAUGGACACAGACACACAAGACGGAGUAGAGGACACACCGCCCCGCCUCGCCGAAGCGUGUCUUCGGGAGCUAGUCGGCCGCGCCUCUUUCGGACACAUUCGUAGCGUACUACGACCGGUUCUCACGCAUUUCGAUCGACACGAGCUUUGGGUACCGAACGACUUCGCCGUACAUACUUUCAAAAUCAUCAUGUUCUCCAUACAAGCGCAAUAUUCGUACAGCGUGGUAGAGGCACUAAUGCAGCAUUUGGACGCGGCCGGUGGUGCUGGUAACGACCCUCGAGCCAGGACCAGGGUCAGGGCCGCCCGGGCUGGUGUGCUUAGCAAUAUUGUCGCCAUCGCCGCCGGAGACAGUGUGGGUCCAUCGGUUUUGGAAAUUAUCAACAACCUCCUCACCAACCUCCGAGCGUCUGUGGCCAGAGAUUCAGAGAAAGAAACCGACGAGAAACUAUACCAAGAGGCCCUCAUCAACGCGCUUGGGGAGUUCGCUGACCACCUCCCCGACUUCCAGAAGAUCGACAUCAUGAUGUUCAUCGUCAGCAAGAUCCCCAGCAGCCAGCGGCAGGGGAAGGGCAGCAAGGCGGACGCCAUGCUGCAGAGCAUCCUACUCAAGUCGCUGCUGAAGGUGGGCACGACAUACAAGACCAGCGAGCUGAGCAAAGCGUUCCCAGCGGCAUUCCUAGACGCUUUACUCCGUCUAUCGGGCGCAGGGGAGCCUGCCACACGAGCGUUGCUGCAGCGCAUACUACACACGCUACUCGAUAGGAGGCAGAACGCACCUAACCUACACACACCUACGCUGGCUUACGCGGAACUCGGGCUGACGAUAGAGAAGUGCUCCCGGCCCGAUCUCAUCUUCAUCAGCAAACACGGCUAUGCUAUAUUCAGCUCUCUAUAUGAUGGUCUUCAACUAGAAUCGAACACGGUGGAAAACAUCGAGGCUAUCUACACGACACUGGCGCUGUUAAUCAUCGAGCUGGGUUCAGAGGAGACAGUUUGCGAUUUCAUGCAACUAAUACUGGCUAUCCAGCAGUCCGCCCUGACGAACCCCGUGCUGACGGUGGGUCAGCAGUGCCAGCUGCACGCCGUCUGCAUCUCGCUGGGGCUGUUGCUGCCCAGGACCAGGGCACACGACUACCUGCUCAAGAUAGUGGAAGCGCGCCGAGAGGACGCACCGCACUUGUUACCGCCGCUGUUGGAAGAGUACGACAUCACGCCAGCGAAGAUGCCUAACAAGUUCCCUUACCUCAUGAUUGAUCAGAUGGAGCUGUGCGACUGUCUGAAGGCGUCGGGGCUGGACGCGGCGCGGCUGCAGGCUCCGUCGCCAUACGUGGCCGGAGGCGUUAGUCUGGCGCACAGACACAGCUGGCUUGAAACAGGCGCGGCCGCGGGCCGGGACAGCCUGGCCGACAUCGGGGCGCCCAACGAGAUGGACAGCGCCAACAGCUCGCCUGGCGUGCAGCGGCACCCGCAACAACCCGAGAGCGUCAGCCUAGAAGCUUUACGUCGCGCCGCCACCGGCCCCAGCGACGCCGAGCGACGAGAGGCCGAAAGACGGCGGGCCUCGCUCAACAGCGCCUUCCGUACCGCGCCCUUCGACCAUCUAGUCAACCUUACACAACCCAAGUACGAGCUAAAAGACAAGCUGGAAGAGAUCUUCAGCUCUAUCCAGUCGGAGCCCCUCCUGCCUCGCUCGGCCUGCUCCCCUACAGCAUCACACCAGGGCAACCUUCACAAGCACACCAAGUAUCUGCCAGAGCUGUUCCUUUACUAGAGAAUGUUCCCGUUCAGCAGCUUAGAUUCAAUCAAAGAGUUAUUUAUUGCAGAAGAGUUGUUAAAUCUAAGAAAAACCU